AUGGCGACUCUUUCAAUUUUCUUAUAUGGCUUGACUAUGCUCUCUUUUCUUGGUUCUGGUAUUGCGACUGCAGUUUCGGACUGUCCGGCACCCAAGCCGUAUCAGCUCAAAACUCCACCACUUACCACUGACUGGACGGCAAAGGUGGGUAUAUCGCCAUGGCCCGAAUACCCUCGCCCAUUACUCAGAAGGGAGAAUUGGAUGAACCUUAACGGUCCAUGGCAAUUCAACCCGGCCAAGGACUCUCAAGAAAUCCACAGUCCGCCUUUCGGGGGAUGCGGGUUUGUCAGCGAAAUCCUGGUGCCUUUCCCGAUGGAAAGUGGGCUCAGUGGCAUCAUGAAGAACAGCAUGUAUAGCUGGUAUCGUAAGACAUUUGUUGUUCCUGAGGGCUGGUCGUGUAGCAAUGUUUUGGUGAACUUUGGAGCAGUGGAUUAUGAAGCCACGGUAUUUGUCAACGGAAAAACCGCUGGGUUUCACAGAGGAGGAUAUUUCAAAUUUGCCUUGGAUUUGACUGACGCGCUCAAAGAACCGGGUCCAGAGAAUGAACUGUUGGUGUUUGUCUAUGACCCCACAAAUUCCAACGGCACGUUAAUCCCCACCGGCAAGCAGGUUUUGGAUCCCAGUCACUACUUUUAUACUCCUAGCAGUGGGAUCUGGCAAACGGUCUUUCUUGAACCAGUUCCCAAGGAACACAUUCUGGACAUUGUUACCACCGCUCAUGCGGAUGGAAGUGUCAAAACAAAGGUUUCCACUUCAAACAGCGCUUUCAACACACCAUUGAAGAUCACGUUAUUCAACCCAACCAUCUCUUCUUCGGAUUCGCCGCUCUAUCCGUGCUCUCUGGGCCCCCCUCUUCAGCAACAUCAAGGAACUGCCAACACCUUUGUCACUUUUACCGUGCCUUAUGCUCAGCUUUGGUCCCCCAGCAACCCAUAUCUCUAUCACUUUGAAGUCGAAUUAGGACAAGAUACCGUUCAAAGUUAUCUAGGUUUCCGGACGAUAGAGAAGAGAGCAGACGACAGGGGAAUCUUGCGACCUUUCCUAAAUGGAAAAUUUGUCUUUCAACUGGGCACGCUGGAUCAGGGCUUUUGGCCCGACGGUCUUUACACCGCUCCAACGUUUGAAGCUAUGACCUAUGAUCUGAAGGUUUUGAAGCUUCUAGGCUUCAACAUGCUUAGAAAACACAUAAAAAUUGAGCCGGAUCUCUUUUAUUAUGCCUGUGAUCGAAUCGGUUUGUUGGUAUGGCAAGAUAUGCCGUCAAUGAAUCCAGAUUUGCCAGAUCCAACCCCCGAUCAGCAGACCGAGUUUGCACGACAGCUGAAGCUGAUGGUCUCGAGUCAUUUAAAUUUUCCAUCAAUCGUCACUUGGGUAAUUUUCAAUGAAGGAUGGGGCACCAGGGGAGUUUGCUCAGCACCUGCUUUCAAGUGCCAUCAGUGA